AGUGAGCGUCACGGCCGAAAUCGUAAUUUGUCUUACGAAAAAUGUUAAUUAUUUCCCGAAAAAAGGUAUAUUAAUGCCUCAGGAUGGGAGGUGAUAUUAAAGUGUGCAGGAUAUGCUUUCGGAAUGAUUCGAAAUUUUACCAUUUCGACAAAUUUGACUUGAAGAAAUACUAUGAAGAAGUUACACACAAACCCAUUGCGAAGAAGGAUAAGCUGCCCAAGUACUUCUGCUACGAAUGUGCGUCGUUGCUGCAUAAGUUUCACAUGUUCAAGGAGAAAUGUGACCACGGAGAGAAGGUCCUCAAUAACAUGUUGUGGAGCAAGCCACUCACACACGCCCGAAUCGCCGAGCUAAACAGGAACGUUUACCCUGUCAAUUAUUUGAUGCUGGAAGUUGUGACCGUCAACAAAAAGGUCAAAACAUUCAACUGUCAACAUGGCUCUUCCCACGGCUCCCAGAACAAGCACAGCUCACAACAUAAACAAAACAUACCUAUACCAAAACCGAUCACAGUAACCAUACCCGAAGAGAGAAAAUCCGAUGAGCUCAAAACGGAGGCUCUGAAAGAAGAAGACGCGUUUUCUGAAGGCCCAUAUUCGGACGGUGAGGACAAAAGCGACCCUAUUGUCCCUGAAAAAGUUAAGUCUGAAGAUGAAAUUCCCAUAAAGAAAGAAGACGAAGACGCUAAAGCCAAAACACCAGCUAAAAAAGGCAAACGAAACACUAAACCGAAACAGACUAGCACAAGACCUAGAAGAAAAGCAACUAAAAAAUCUAAAAUCGUCGACACAAGCGACACUGAUUCUGACGCUGGUGAAGAAUCAGCUGUCAUGUCGCCUGAACCGAAGAAAAACUACAAGUUUAACAGAUCAAGAACUGGAGUGAAGAGCCUCGCGUUUUUGGACUCUGGUUUCUGGAAGAGGUCCAAUUUCAACGAAGAGGAUGCAAUGAUUGAGUUCCAUAAGAGAGCGCAGGAUAAGAAAUAUCUGAAUGCUCCAUUCAAAUGCACGCUGUGCUAUAAAGGUUUCUCACAGAAGAGUAUGCUUGAUAGACACAUGCCUCAGAAGCAUGAUGAGUCGAUCGGCAAGGUGGUGUGCCGUUUCUGCAAGAUGCGCUUCAAGCACCAACGCUUCCUGAACAAACACUUGCGGAGACACUACAACAAGUACGAGUGUCUGAGAUGCGGUCUCAUCUGCUGUCUAGAAAACUCAGCCCUAUUCCACGAGGAAUACCAUAGCGGUGUGAAGAGAAAGUGCCCGCAUUGUGACAAGGAAUUCAACCACCUAUCAACAUUCUACACGCACUUACGCACGCACCGCAGCAAGCAUAUGUGUUCGUUGUGCGGCGAGUCAUUCGUCAGCGAGUUCGGCUUGCAUCUACAUCGGAAGGCCAAGCACGCCGGCGUUGGUACUGCUGACAAAGCAGUCGUGAACGUAGAAGACACGAUAUACUGCGAGGUUUGCAAGAUGAACUUCGAAACUAAGGACGCGUACCAAAACCAUCUGGCCCAUUCGGCGAUGCACACGGAAGAGAACAAAUUGCUGGGCGAAUAUCUAAUCCACGAGAUGUUAGAAGAAGAAGAGAGAAGAGAGGGGAGGUUGCCUGACAAGAAUGACGCUCUUUCCGCCCGCGGCUUCGCCCGCGUGGACUACAUUAUAUAG